GGUGCGGUUUAAAACUAAAAAGUUACUCUUACUAAUAUUUCUGCCUUCGUUUUUCAAUUAAUGCUCAAUCAUGCCGAAAAUUGAUCCCGAAACUCAAAAACUCUACGACGAAAUCAAUGGCAUGAUACAGAAGUUUAAGGAUGACCAAAAAUCCAAAGCUGAUUGCACUUUGGCCGACAAAUGCGGCGACAUGGGAGAUGUGCCCAAGAUACGAUUCUCAUCGAAGAAGAUUCUAAAGGGGCACAUCAACAAGGUAAACUCAGUGCAUUUUGCCGGGGACUCUCGUCACUGCGUCACUGGAUCUCUGGAUGGAAAGCUGAUCAUCUGGGACACCUGGACAGCCAAUAAAGUGCAGAUCAUUCCAUUGAGAUCCGCCUGGGUGAUGACGGUAGCCUUCUCGCCGUCGGGCAACUUUGUGGCCUGCGGAGGAAUGGACAACCAGUGCACCGUUUACGAUGUUAACAACCGCGAUGCCUCUGGAGUGGCCAAGAUGGUUAAGGAGUUGAUGGGCUAUGAGGGAUUCCUCAGCUCAUGUCGUUUCCUGGAUGACGGACAUCUGAUCACCGGUUCAGGUGAUAUGAAAAUCUGUCAUUGGGAUCUGGAGAAGGGCGUCAAAACCAUGGAUUUUAACGGACAUGCCGGAGAUAUCGCCGGCUUAUCGCUGUCGCCCGAUAUGAAGACUUAUAUUACUGGAUCCGUUGACAAGACUGCCAAGUUGUGGGAUGUACGUGAAGAAGGCCAUAAACAGAUGUUUUUCGGACACGACAUGGACGUGUCCUCUGUCUGCUACCAUCCAAAUGGCUUUGGGUUUGCCUCCUGCUCGGAGGAUCAAACGGCGCGCAUGUACGACCUGCGGGCGGACCAGCAAAUCGGGCUGUAUGAGCCGCCCCAGAAGAACACGGGCUUCACUUCGUGUGCUCUAUCGACCAGCGGGCGCUACCUCAUGUGCGGCGGCAUUGAGGGCAACGUGCAUUCGUGGGACACAAUGAAGCAGCGGCACACGGGCACUCUGUCUGGUCACGAGAACCGCAUCACUUGCAUCAGCCUGUGCCCCAAUGGCAUGUGUCUAGCCUCCACCAGUUGGGAUCAGCAAGUGCGCCUGUGGCUCUAAUCGGCUCUGAUCUGGGUUCAAUAUCGUCCAAAACUACAGGCAACCUUUAUGCGAGCGAUUUAUUUGCAAAUGCAAAAGACGUAAAUAUCUUAAUUGUUUGCAGAUAUUUAAGCAAAUUCCUUAAGCUUUAUAAAAACGUUAAGUAGGUACCAAAAUUAGCAAAAUUAUUUUGAUUAAACCGAAGUUAACUAAACUUUAAAGGAAAAAUCAGAAACUAGCUUUUCUGAAAAGAAAAAUUUGCAAUUUUAGGAACGUUUGCAAUUAGUAAAUUUGCAUUUGCAAGCAAAGCGUCCAUAUAAUUAUAAUAAUUAAUUACUUAAUUAAAGAACAAGAACGUAGCCUCCAGUAAAGUGCAAAAAUAAAAUGUAUGAAGUAGUACUACCAAA